GGGAGCCCUGUCUGCAGACAGAGGAACAUCUGCGUGCUCUGCUUCCCAAGGACACCCGGAGCCAGCAGCUGAAUUCCUGCCCCAGCUACAAGGAGAGGAGAUUAUUUUGGCUGGCUUAUGUUCGUGGCCUGGAUGGAGCCUUCUUCCACUGCCCUGGGCAAGACAAAAGAACUCAUCAAGCACGGCCGGGAGAGGAUAGAACAAACCAUCAAGGCCUCUGGCUCCAGGCUCUGCUCAUAUGCUGAGCGAGUUGUUUUUUUAAUGGAUCGUUCCCGGAGCCCAGACAAAAGCACCCAGCCUUCAACUCCAACCGAAAACAUCAACCUCGGACCUUCUGCUAACCCCAAUGCCAAGCCAACAGACUUUGACUUCCUGAAGGUUAUUGGCAAAGGAAGCUUUGGCAAAGUUCUCCUGGCCAAACGCAAGUGUGAUGGGACUUUUUAUGCAGUGAAAGUCUUGCAUAAGAAAACCAUCCUUAAGAAAAAGGAGCAAAACCACAUCAUGGCAGAACGCAACGUGCUCCUGAAAAAUGUCAAGCACCCCUUCCUUGUGGGGCUCCACUACUCCUUCCAGACCUCAGAGAAGCUUUACUUUGUGCUUGACUAUGUAAAUGGAGGAGAGCUCUUCUUCCACUUGCAAAGGGAGCGCUGUUUCCGUGAGCCCCGGGCCCGUUUCUAUGCUGCAGAAGUGGCCAGUGCCAUUGGGUACCUGCAUUCCCUAAACAUCAUCUACAGGGACUUAAAGCCUGAGAACAUCCUCCUGGAUUGCCAGGGACACAUAGUAUUGACAGACUUUGGACUCUGCAAAGAAGGAAUGGAGCAAGAGGAGACAACUUCUACCUUUUGUGGCACUCCUGAGUAUCUGGCUCCUGAGGUGCUAAAGAAGCAGCCCUAUGACAGGACAGUAGACUGGUGGUGCCUAGGAGCUGUCCUCUAUGAAAUGCUCUUUGGACUGCCUCCUUUUUACAGCCGGGAUGUGUCUCAGAUGUAUGACAACAUUCUGCACAAGCCACUACAGAUCCAAGGAACGAAGACUGUGGCAGCUUGUGACAUCCUUCAAGGACUUCUUCACAAGGACCAGAAGAGGAGGCUGGGUGCCAAAACAGACUUUCUUGAGAUAAAGAACCACGUAUUCUUCAGCCCAAUAAACUGGGAUGAUUUAUAUCACAAGAGGAUUACCCCACCAUUCAACCCCAAUGUGGCUGGCCCAGCUGAUCUGCGACACUUUGAUCCCGAGUUCACCCAGGAAGCCAUCUCUGCCUCCAUCACCCGCACGCCUGACCUUGCAGCCAGCAGCUCCAGUGCCUCAGACGCGUUUUUAGGAUUUUCAUAUGCACCAACUGAAGAGGACAUUUAA